AUGGCGGCCCAGACGUCUCAAAAUUCUACUCCAACAACUUCUUACCCCUGGUAUUCGCUCUUUAGAUCGUUUGGGACCAAGGCCCCGACUACGCCGUCUAUCCAGGAGCAGUCGGCAGCCAAGGGAGAUUUCAAACGGAGACGCUCACCAGUUCAGGAAACAGAGGAUGAGAGUCCGCAGAAGAGGAUUAAACGCUCUAGUCCUCCCAGGCAAUCCAGCGCUUUACCGUUGGCAUCCAAUUUCCAGCGGGAAGGCUCCGUCAAGAAAUUGACGUUAGAUUCUGUCCAGAGCUUGGGAGCUGCCAAAUCGUUGCGCAAUGCGGCCCCUUCAGAGGCGACGUUUGCAAGUGGACGGACUGGUUUAUCUCGUGCUCCUUCCACGGGACUUUCUGUCCACAUGAACCGCUUUAGUUUGCAAACUCCGCGCCUCGAGACGCCCGUGAAAGAAACCAUCCAAAUUCCUGCCCGCGUCGCUGGAGUCUCGCAAAAGGCGUACAACGUCAAUCGUUCCAUCGCACAAGCAGAUUCUCUUUCUUUUCCAACACAUCGUGCCAGCUCGACCACCCCCAUGCUCGAGGAUCGUGCGAGCGUUCAGCGGCAGUCUACACCAUCGGGAGCUAGCUUUGGUCCAAUGAAGCAGCCAUAUGAAGCCAGAUCCACCACUUCAUUUGGCAGGUUGUCGCCCUCCUCCCCGCCUCAAUCAAAGCCUGCUCUCGAGCGCCACUCAGUCAGCGCUCCCUGGGCUGGCCGCAAUGGUGCACACCAACCUCACCGACUGGGAAAUGGCUCGCUUUCCAGAAACCGAACAACCUCGUUGCUCUCCGUUGCAUCACAGUCUGAAGCGCCGUCUGUGACCUCUGGACACGAGGAGCGGACAACUCCAACGCCCAAGGAUGGAUCAGUGUCCUCUCCACCAUCUGUUACCUCUCCAUCCGGCUCGUCGGUUGGCAGCCCACCACCUACCACGGUCCCCCUUUCCAAAAUGGUAGGACAUGCCGCGCGUGCAGUCAGGUCGGUCAAGCAGCUAGAUACUCCCCUCAAACAUUCGAGGUCAUACAGCCAGCCGUACGCGUACAAAGUCAAGGUGCCCGUCCCCAGCCAGACCAACUCUGUCGCAAGUUACGAACGCAGUUCCGACGCGAGCAGCACACACGCCCAGAUUGCUUCGUCCACUGCUAGGCUCAAGAUGGAACGCGCUGGAGCUCCUUAUGCGGUCGCACAGGAUAACGUCUCUUCACGAAGCAAAAAGAUUCUGGAAAGGCGGAGGGAAGAGGAGCAAGAGAUUGAUACAAUGGAAAUGGACGACGAUCUCAAAGUUGAGCCUAUCAACAAGGGCAAGGAAAAUGCGGCGCCAGAAUCUGUCCCAAUGUCCGAGGACGGCGCGACGGAGACGAGCACAGAGUUGGGUCGCGGCAUCAAAUCACGCAUGGGGCCUCUUUCCAGCGAGGCUACUAGUGUUGCCUCUUCUCGGACUGCUGGUCGUUCGCAGCUACGCGUUGGACGAGAGAAGCUCGGGCACGGAACGUCUGCUAGCGUGUCUUCUGCGUCUGGUGUCGAAAGGCGAUCGCGCAUCGCGUCAGCUGACCUCUCCUCUCGCUUCAACCCAAGUGCCAACGAGCGUUAUCAAAAGACGCGGUCGACCGGUCGAUUCUCUGCACCUCCUGAUGACUAUGAAGAUGUCGUGUCGAAACCCAGCGCACCACAGGAGAUGAGAGCGACUCCAGCUUUGGUCAUUCCCAGGUUGCCAACUCCCGAGGAAACGCGUCUGCCUGCGUCUGAGCCUAUGAACAUUAGUCCAGUCAAGGAAACGGCCACGAGUGGAGAUGUGAACGUCGAUAUGGCCUCUACCACGCCCACAGAGUCGUCGGUGCGCAAUGCGUUCAAAAUGACCCCUAUCACGGCGCCGGCUCCUGAGGAAGUCAAGUCUGUCGUUGACCAUAGCUGGCCCGAAGUCAAGCCACUCGUCCCGCCCGUCAAAGUAUCUGCGCCGACCGAACCCUCACCGGCUCCAGUGGCACCUGUUUCCUUUGGCUUUACACCCAGCAUUCCUGCGACGACUUCAGCUCCGGUUGCGCCACCGCCUCCAGCGCCCGUUCCUGCAGAACAGAGUAGUGCAAAGUCGGAGAGUAAAUCUGUAACAGGUCCUACUCCUUCGCUUUUUGCGUUUGCGCCCCCGAAACCAGCCGAAACAGCGCAAGCUGACAAGCCUGCACCGGCUUUGGCAGGAUUCAGCUUUGGAACUCCGCCUACUAUCCCAACCAAGGCACCUACCCCUGCAGCGCCGUUCUCUCUCGCUCCACCACCAACCGUGGUAGUCACAGAGCCACCUAAGACGACCUUCUCCUUUGGUGCUCCCGCUGUCGAGCCAACAAAGCCCGGUGCUCCUGCUGGAUUGUUCGGACCUGCAGUGACUCCGGCAGCGGAACCUCCCAAGCUGUUUAGCUUUACGCCUGCGCCAGUCGCGGAACCACCCAAGACGACGGGAUUCUCGUUUGGCCAACCUCAGCCCGCGAGCACGCCGAGUCCAGUCAAGGAGCCAGUACCAGAAGCGAAGGCCCCAUUGGCUCCGUUUUCGUUUGCGACUCCGACACCAGCGGCUUCUGCUUCAGUCUCUACAACGCCGGCCACGCCAGCCACGCCUUCGCCUGUGAAGCCUGCCUUCUCGUUCCCUGCGAGCACGCCCACCGUUGUUCCUGGCCUCAAUCUGGGUGCAGCCACGCCCUCUUCGAGCCCAUUCUCCUUUGCCGAGUCGCCUAGCCCAGCAAAGAGCACUCAGGAGGCUGUGGAUCUUAGUACCCCGACGAAGAGUACACCAUUCAGCUUUGGAACUCCGUCGGCUACUCCAGCCACGCCUACACCGGCUCCCUUUUCGUUUGGAAAUCCACCCUCGACCACGCCCUCUGCAACCCCUGCGUCACAGCCAUUUACAUUUGGGGCUCUCCCAUCUACGACGCCCGCAUCUACGACCAAUACUCCAUUUACAUUCGGCGCGCCGAGUGCAGGAAAUACCUCUACCACUCCAGCGGCUACGCCUGCUCCCGCGUCUAAUGGCUUCUCGUUCUCGUUUGGCAGUAGCACCAACAACCCAUUCGCAUCCACGACGCCAACGGCACCCAAGACGUUUACGUUUGGUGACAGUCAAGGGCCUACGACUGCUCCCCCAACGUUUCCAUUCUCAAAGGCGCCUGGUGAUGCGACGCCGAAAGGCAAAGCCCCAGAGUCUACCCCCUUCACGUUUGGCCAACUUGCUCCUCCCAGCAGUGCUCCUCCGACCGGCGGAUUCUCCUUUCCUCCCUCAAACAAGUCUGGUCUCGUCUUCCCGACUGGACCCACCACACCACUCGGGAAGACGCUCGAACUAGAUAGUAUGGACGCAAGUCCUAUUCGUGGAGGUGGAAAUGGGCCGAGCAAUGGAACCGCAGCUAGUUCCUUCACCGGAGCCAGCAGCCAACCCUUCAACUUUGGCCCUAGUCCUGCUCCAAACAGCGCUCCGCCAUUCGCCUCUAGCAGUGGAUUUGGAUCGCAGAGUGGGCCCGGCUUUGGAGGCUUUGGCAAAGAUUCCGCACCCAACCCAACACCUGCUCCGUUUAGCUUUGGCAACGCGAGCGGUUUCACGGCGCCUGCUCCCACUCCUACGACUCCAUUCGCUCAGACUAGUGGUACUGGAUUCGGGUCUGGCGGGUUCUCGUUUGGUCAAACGACUGCUGGUGCGACCGCGAGCCCGUUUGGUCAGCCGCAGGCACUUCCGUCCCCCUCCGUUGGUGGCUUUACGCAACUUGCUUCGCCAGCGGCUAGCCCAUUCAAUGCACCAGCCCCGCUUGCUGGCGCCGCAGAGGGGUUGCUGCUCGGUCCCGGCGAUCGCAAGAUUGCUCCCAUGCCCAAACCACGAAGACAAAGAACCGAAGCCGAGAGGAGGGCUGGUUUGCAAAAGUUCCAUCAAAAUAAAGGACCAUAG